UAUCUCCUCUCGGACCCGGUGUGUCCUAAACUUGCCUUAAGUUAGGAAGAUAUGAUAAUGUGUCUAGAAAUUUGAAAAGAAGCCAAGAAGCUAGCCAUAAGGGAUAUCAAACAUGGAAUACAAUUUUACUUUUGAACUAAAAAAUGUAAUUAAAAAGGAAAUGGUGGAAGACAAUUUGUCAGCCCCAACAUCUGAAGAAGAAUCUCCUAAGUUGUCUUGCAUGUCACACUGCAAGUCAAACUGUUCUCUUGAUCUGAGAAAUGGGAUGAAAGAAGAAAGGAAUGACACAAUGUUUACACCAGAAGUUCCAGGAGAAGAAAUAGACAAGUUGAAUUCAUUGUCAGACAUGAAACAGGACAUUAGUUAUGAAAUGAGAGAAACAUCAAAUCUUAAACAUUUCCAGAUGCAAUUUGAAAAACUUGAGCAAGAAAAAACUUUUUUCAAAGAAGAACAAAAACAACAUAAAGAAAAUAAAUGUCCAACAUGUCUGAAAGUAUUUCAAACAUCUUCAAAGUUAAAAAUACAUCAGGUGGUCCAUACAGGUGAAAAGAAAUUUAAAUGUCAAAUAUGUCUGAAAUUAUUUUCAACACCUUCAAAAUUAAAGUCACAUCAUCGAGUCCAUACAGGUGAAAAACCAUUUCAAUGUCAAAUAUGUUUGAAAGCUUUUUCUCGCUCAUCAAGUUUAAAACAACAUCAAAAGAUCCAUACAGGUGAAAAACCAUUUCAAUGUCAAAUAUGUUUGAAAGCUUUUUCUCUCUCAUCAAGUUUAAAACAACAUCAAAAGGUCCAUACAGGUGAAAAACCAUUUCAAUGUCAAAUAUGUUUGAAAGCUUUUUCUCAGUAUUCACAUUUAAAGAUACAUGGGCUAGUCCAUACAGGUGAAAAACCAUUUAAAUGUCAAAUAUGUCUGAAAUUAUUUUCAACAUCUUCAAAAUUAAAGUCACAUCGGCGACUCCAUACAGGUGAAAAACCAUUUCAAUGUCAAAUAUGUUUGAAAGCUUUUUCUCUCUCAUCAAGUUUAAAACAACAUCAAAAGGUCCAUAUAGGUGAAAAACCAUUUCAAUGUCAAAUAUGUUUGAUAGCUUUUUCUCAGUAUUCAAAUUUAAAACAACAUCAAAAGGUCCAUAUAGGUGAAAAACCAUUACAAUGUCAAAUAUGUUUGAAAGCUUUUUCUCAGUAUUCAAAUUCAAAAAAACAUCAGGUGGUCCAAUCUAGUGAAGAACAAUAUAAAUGUCAAAUAUGUCAGGAAGUAUUUUCUCAGUCUUUAAGUUUUAAACAACACCUUCAGAUUCAUAACGGUGAAAAACUAUUUCAAUGUCAAAAAUGUCUGAGAACAUUUUCUCACAGAUCUGAUGUAAAAAGACAUCAAUUUGUACAUAGCCAAAACUCAAAAGAGGAACUUAAAUGUCUGACAUGUAAUGCCACUUUGUCCAGCAAGUUAACAUUAUCAAUACACUUAGAGAGUCACGUUAAUGGAAAGCCAUUGAAAUGUAUUCUUUGCAAUAACCAUUUCUUAUCCCUGCAAGAAAUAAAGAAUCAUUUAAUGAUACACAUUUAACUCUUUCUCUCCGUAAUUAUUUACAUUUUAGUGGAAUCAACGUUGGUAUCGUCAGUUAGGAGAGAAAGAGUUAAUGCCUUUGAAAUGUGUACAUUGUAAUAGAAGUUGUUGUAAUGCACAACUUUUAGAAAAACAUGCUUGUAGUCUGAAAUGUAAAUGUUUUGGUCUAGCUUUAGUUUUUAAAAUCGAAUAUUUAAAAUAAUUGUUAACAAUCAUACGGUUCAUUGAGUUAUUAUCGAAGUAUGCAAAUUUUGCUUUCUAUAAUAAUGCUAAUUAUUACGUGUGAAUAGAAAUAAGUAAAAGUUUCCCUUUCAUAUCUUGGGAUCUCUGGGGCAGAUGAUGUUAAGGUCAUCUGUUUCUAUGGCCAACGGUUAACAAGCAGGGUGUUAUGUGGCCAGCACAACGACCUACCGCCUUUACUUUCCCCAACUAAAGUCAGGUACCCUUUAGAGUUGGGUGGACUCAGGACACCCUGAAAAUCCCAAAAUUAAAAAUCCCAGUCUUCACCAAGAUUCGAACCCAGGACCCCAGGAUCAGAAGCCGAGCGCUUAACCACUCAGCCACGGCGCCCCCACAUGUGUAAAUGUUAGUAUUUAAUGUGAUGAUUUCAUGUUGUUUUUAAUAAUUUAUGCUUAAAAAAAGACUAGUUAUAUUAAUUAAGUACUAAAUGACAAAUAUGUAUUUUGUGCCUGACCGAACAACUUGCUCAUAUAGACCUACAUUAAGUAAUACAAAUCUGAUGAUUUAAAGCGAUAAAAAUAAAUUUUGCAUAAAACAAUGAAUAAUCUUUUAUCUAAUAAAAAAAAAAUACACUGUUCGUUCAAAAAAAGAAGAUAAUUAUACAUAGUACAAUUUAAUAGUUUUAGCAUGUAUGGUGCUUCAUUCCUAAAUAAAGCUUGUGCAUAUUUUUACAAAUUGUUUUGAAAACUUAAGUAUUUAGGAAAAAUCAAGAGCUGGUGGCAAAUUGUGGCACACUGUGCUACGGAGCGCUACUGAUACCAAACUGGUUACCUUGGUCACAUCAGCUGUGCAGAGAGGGGGGGGGAACUGCUGUGUGGGCGACAUCAUUCUCACUAUAAACAAUGCCCUGGAUUUCAUCUCCCUGUUUAAGAUGAACCAUAGUCGUUCUACGACUGAAGGAGGCCAAUAAAACAUUGGCUUGUGAUUUGUAUUUUAUAUUCUAUUUAAUGCUCAAAAUAAAUGUUCUAUAAUUAUUUUGAUGUCAUCAUAAAUCUAAUGAGAAUAUAACUAAUUCAAUUUUAAAUACUUUGUCACAUAUUGUUUUAGAUUUUAGUGUUAAUGUGGUUUAAAUCUUUUUAUUUAUUUUUAGAUAUAUUGGAUAAUUUGAAAAGAUAUUUCAUUCUCAUUUUUUUGCCAUUUAAUAUAAUAUCUGAUUUUUUUAAAAUAUGUCACACAUUUUGUUUAUUUCCAAUUUCAUAUUUCCAAUGUUAAUGCCAUGUCAAGAGAUCACAAAAAUUUGAAUUUGUUCACCUUAAGUUAGUUACAUUCAUUUUUUUGAGAAAUACAUUUUAUUGAAAUAAAUUCCUUGUAUGGACUACCACUCCAGCCAAACACGCUUUAUCAGAUCUAAUUCACUUGUUGGCAAUGAAAGGGUUAAAGCACAACGCUUAGAUCAAGCUGCAGUGACAGUAGCAUCAGUUUGAACACAUGUAGACGGAUAUAUGAACAUUAAAAGAAUCAAUGCUAGCUCUACACAUUGAUUGGGAUUAAUCUUCGGCUUUUCAAUUUUAUAUAUAGCGUAGGCGUUAUGGUAGAUCUAGCAUUAUUUAUUAUGGCAUUCUCUUUCGCAAUUUACUUAGUGCACAAGUUCGAGCUGCUAUUUCGUAUUUUUGUCUGUUCUUCGUUGAAUGAAGUUACUUAAUUAUUAUCAAUAUGUUAAUGUGUCUAGAAAUUACAGUAAUUUUGAAUUACAAA